AUGGUAGGAGUGAAGGCUCCUCCCAGAAGCCCUAACUCAUCCCUGGACCCGGUCCAGCAGUGGAGCUCGAUCAACAGUACUGUGGAAAGAACUGUUUUGUACCAGGCAUCGUGCUGCUGUGGCCCUGCCUCCUGGACUAGUGGCUGUUACUCUGGGUUGCCUCCUCUCAAGGAAUCUACCAGCAGUCGACUGCUUUACACCCUUCUACAUGUGGGGGCCUCAGCCACCUGCUGCCUCCUGCUCUCUCGAACAGUCCUGGACGUCUUCUGGGGCAAAGUGGGUGAGGUAUUAAUCCCCUCUGGUCUGUGUACUGCUCCCUCUGGGCAGGAUAACUGCCCAAUACCAACUGGCUCUGGGGCUGUGUACCGAGUAUGUGCGGGCACUGCCACCUUCUACUUGCUACAAGCUGUGAUCCUGCUUAAUGUCAACUCUUCCACCAGCCCCCGGGCUCGGCUGCACAAUGGCUUCUGGCUCUUGAAGCUGCUGGCCUUGUUGGGCCUCUGUACUGCUGCCUUCUAUAUCCCAGAUGAGCAUAUCUUUCCAGCAUGGCACUAUGUGGGUAUCUGUGGAGGCUUCGCUUUCAUACUACUGCAGCUGGUGCUCAUCACAGCCUUUGCUCACACCUGGAACAAAAACUGGCUGACAGGGGCUGCCCAGGACUGGCGCUGGUUUGGGGCAGUGCUGCUGGCCACACUGGUUUUCUACAGCAUAGCUGGAACAGGUGCAUUCCUUCUAUUCCACCACUAUACCCAUCCUGCCGGCUGCCUGCUCAACAAGGCUCUCCUCAGCCUGAACCUUUGCUUCUGUGGCAUCCUCUCCCUCCUCUCCAUCACUCCCUACAUCCGCCUCAAACAACCCUGCUCUGGCCCCCUACAAGCCUCCAUCAUUAGCUGCUAUAUCAUGUACCUCACUUUCUCUGCAUUGUCCAGCAGGCCCCCAGAAAGGGUGCUACUUCGGGGACAGAACCAUACCAUAUGCCGCCCUGGUGUAAGCAAGGCAGAGGCACAGACACCGGAUACAUCUCUGACCAUUCUGAGUGCUGGCAUCAUGUAUGCCUGUGUGCUUUUUGCCUGUAAUGAGGCUUCCUACCUGGCUGAAGUGUUUGGUCCUUUGUGGAUGGUCAAGGUUUACAGCUAUGAGUUUCAGAAGCCCUCCAUUUGCUUCUGCUGCCCAAACAAUCUAUCACCAGAGAGAGGUGAGUGUGAAGUGGGGGGGCCCAGUGGACAGGAGACAGGCUCAGGUGCACUACAAACUUCUCAUCGACUCUCCUACAGCUACUCUGCUUUCCACUUUGUCUUCUUCCUUGCUUCACUCUAUGUUAUGGUCACUCUCACUAACUGGUUCAGUUAUGAAGGGGCAGAGCUGGAAACCACUUUCACAAGAGGUAGCUGGGCUACCUUUUGGGUCAAGAUCGCUUCAUGCUGGACCUGCGUACUUCUCUACUUGGGACUGCUACUGAUUCCGCUUUGCCGCCCAACCACUGGACCCUCUCAACCUGCUCGUAUUGUACGUCGGCGCUGCCGUCGAAUCCAUGUCUCUACCUAA